GGUUAGAAACACACCUCCGGACUGACGCACUCAGAGUGCGACUCGCGAAGUACAGGAGCCGGUGACGUGUGUGUACGUGGCGCUGACGUCAGCAUUUUCCCCGGCAGAAACAGAAAGAGAGAGGGAGUAAGAGAGAAGCGGUGACCGGUGAGAUUUACUGUAAGGGGGAGCUGGUCCUGGCCCCAUGAACGCUCGUAAACGUCUCGGGUCCCGUAACACAGACAACGGAAUAUACAUAGGACCAUCCCAGACUCAGGUCCUGGUUCCUGCUUCAGAGUUUCCUGUUGCUCCUCUUCCAGUUCCCCCAGCUGACAUCAUGUCCUGUCGGGACCGCACUGCUGAGUUCAUUUCUGCUUGCAAAUCUCUGCAGGGACGCCAGAAUGGUGUACAGUUGUCAUCUCCGACUCUAAGUGCUGUUAAGCAAAGAAGUGAAUUCACCCUAAUGGCCAAACGCAUUGGAAAGGAUCUCAGUAACACAUUUAGCAAACUGGAGAAACUGACAAUAUUGGCAAAACGAAAAUCACUUUUUGAUGACAAAGCUGCAGAGAUUGAAGAAUUGACCUACAUAAUUAAACAAGAUAUAGGAAGUCUGAACCAGCAGAUUGCUCAGCUCCAGUCUUUUGUCCGUGCUCGUGGCAGUCAAAGUGGGCGACAUCUUCAGACUCAUUCAAAUACGGUUGUGGUCUCCCUGCAGUCAAAGCUUGCAUCAAUGUCUAAUGAUUUCAAGUCGGUUUUGGAAGUUAGGACAGAGAACCUAAAGCAACAGAGGAGUCGAAGGGAACACUUCUCUCAAGGCCAGGUGGCACUCCCACUUCAUCAUAAUAGCCUAGGUCCCUCGGUUCUUCUUCAGGAUGACUCUCGCAGACAGGGAGAUGUGACUAUAGAAAUGGAUUCCAGAGUUAGUCAGCAGCUGCAGCUUAUUGAUGAGCAGGACUCAUACAUCCAAAGUCGAGCAGACACCAUGCAGAAUAUAGAAUCUACAAUAGUAGAACUGGGAUCCAUAUUUCAGCAGCUGGCUCAUAUGGUAAAGGAGCAGGAAGAGACUAUACAAAGGAUUGAUGGAAAUGUAGAAGACACUCAGUUAAACGUGGAGGGCGCCCAUCAAGAGAUCCUGAAGUAUUUCCAAUCUGUCACAUCGAACCGCUGGCUUAUGAUCAAGAUUUUCCUCAUACUUAUUGUCUUCUUCAUAAUCUUUGUAGUCUUCCUUGCUUAACAUCACUCUAGGAAAUUGUGAAGUAGUUUCUUCCCCCCAAACACAGCACACAGUGUCCUACUUACCCAUGAACCACCCUGCCACUUAGAAGGGUUACUUUCUGGUUAGUCUGUGGAUAAAUGUGGGAGGACAGAGGUUAACACACUUACGGAUACACUGUGUAUAUAUGUAAUGUAAGGAUGAGUAUGCUAAGUGUGAUUGAGCAAGGCCAUGCAUAUAUGUGUGUGAAUAAAUCAAAUUAUUAUAGGCAUAUAUAUUUUAGACAGUUUGCAGUUAAACACACAUGCACAGUCAGACUUUUGUACUGUGAAUGAGGUGUGUGUGUUCUCAUGCACACUUUAUGUUUUAAGAGUGUGUGUUUACAGUUUUAGGUAUGAAUACAUACAUAUUUACACACACACACACACACACACACACAAUGUGUUUAAAGGCCUUGUAUUAAUAGCGGUGUGCAUGUAUGUGUGGUUCCUCUUAUUAAGUGUCUUAUUGGGCUUCCUCCACUGAAUAAGGCAAGUGGAACCUGCUUCUUGUGGGGAGGGAGAUAAGUGGCUUUGUCCAAGGCUGUAUUAGUGAGAGCUGACAAUAUGUACAGGCCAGGCACGCUUGUUUUAAUCUCUUGUAAACAAUGUAAUAUUCUGUUUUUAAAUUAUUCUUGGAAAUUAAAAAAAAAAAAGGUCCUCAGAACACAGGUAAGGCCAGUUACAUUUAUGAGAAUUUGGGUUGGGAAUACUUUUUAAAACACAUUCCAUUCGUUAACACAAAAGACACUUAUACCACUUAUCCUUCAGGAUGCAGAUUGUGGCCCUAACCCAAUGUAUGUACAGACUGUAUAUAAUGCAAGAUUAUGAAUAAUAAUCUACAUUUCAGCUCAUUGACUUCAGUUUUUUUGUUAUUUGUGAUUUUUUUUAUUAAAAUAAGUGUCUCGGCUAAA